AUGAUCAGUUUUAUACUAAUUCAAGAUAGUUGCUUAUUACUUCUUUAUACAUUUACAUCAUUAUUAGCAAUUAUUGGUAAUGGACUGGUAUUUCGAAUAAGUUUUCUACGAAAACAUUCAACAGGAUUAAAAUUAAGUACAACAAGUAUAUUUUUACUUAAUCUUGCAUUAGCUGAUGCAUUAUGUGGUUUAACAAUACCAUUUCAAUUUAUAUUUUGUUCAACAUAUUUUCUAAAAAAUAUAACAUCAAGUUCAUAUUUAUGUAUAUCAAAUAAAUCAUUACAAAUUUUAGCAUAUAAUGCAUCAACAAUAACAAUGUGUGUUAUUGCCUAUGAUCGCUAUCGUAUUAUACAAAAUCCGUUAAGACAAUAUUCUACCCGGCAUACACGACAAGCAAUUUUAUUUACAUGGAUUAUAUCAGGUAUAUAUGCUGGUAGUUGUUUAAUAUCAAUGAAAGUUCAUACAUAUUUUAUUUCAAAUCAAAAACUGAUUAGUUGUCAAAUACUUUUUCCAAUGAAAAAUAAAUUUAUUUCCAGUGAUAAUAUACGUAAAAUACGUGUUUUUUCUCUUGUUAUUUUAUUUUAUAUUAUACCACUUUUAAUCAUAAGUAUUUUAUGUUUAUUAACAAUGCGUACAAUAGCUCGACGAUCUAUUAUUGGUGUACAACAAUUUGCCACAUUUAAACGAUCAAGAACACGUUCAAUGCGUUUAUUAAUUAUUAUUGUUAUCGUUUUUGCUUUAUCUCAUUUACCACUUCAUCUUUUACAUCUACAAGAUUUUUUUAUUUUCUCAUCAAAACACCGUUUACAAUUUAAUAAAUGUAAUGAUACAACAAUAUAUUUAUUUUUUUAUUGGUUAGGUAUUAGUAAUUGUUGUCAUAAUCCAAUUAUAUAUAGUUGGUUUAAUAAACAAUUUCGAAGAAUAGUUUUAAAUUGUUUUCGAACAAUUAUUUUUUGUGGAAGAAAAUAA